UAACUGUAACCAUAACCUAGCAUAACCUAAUUUUCCUUGACUAUUUCUGGCUGUAAUUUGGCAUUCAAAUUGAUUCAAAUUCAUAACAUAAGCCAACAAAUGCAUCGUAUUUAUGAGAGAAUUCAAAAUACUUGACAUAAGUUUAAAUUACUGUAUGAAAUAGUUGAUCGAAAUCAAAAUUAAUAUGUCAAAAAUUAUAAGUGAUUCUCGUAAACAACAAUUAGAGGAGCUAAAGAAUUUUACUGAUGAAGUUAAUAAAGAAACCACCAAUAUUAUUGAAGCCUUAGGCUGGACAAUGGAGAGUACAAUGGCAAAUAUUGAUAAGGAGUAUUUCACGUGUCCAUAUGAUCCAUCCCACCAAUUAAUCGAAGAAUCUCUUAGUGAUCAUCUUAUCUCUUGUCAAUGGAAAACUGAAGGUUAUGGAAAAUUAGAUAUCCCAUUAUCGGAGCCAAAUUUACCAACAGAUUCACCAUACAGUAUAAAAUUUGAUGAAAAAUUACAAAAUGAAGUUCUAAAGAAGGCCAAGGAACAAAAUCCAGCAAUGCAAAUUGGUAUAGGUGAGCGGUUAAUACCACGUACAUCUGAUAGGCUUAUCACAGAUUUUACCAGCGAUGAGAGAAAAGCAUUAUAUGAUUAUGUCAUCUCUAAUACUGCAAAACCAGACAUUGGACAGGAUAUUGCAGAUAUUGGCAAUUUGAAACACCAAGAGAAACAAGACAAGGAAUUAUCUUUUCUGGAAUUGUUAGUUCAAGAACGUAAUUUGAAAAGACGUAGAGCAAAACAUAGAGGUGUUCAUACAAAUAAAAAAUCUCAUGUUGAAAUACUCAGAGAAUUGAUUAAUCAACAAAUGGAAAUAUAUACAGAUUACAUGUUGGAGCAAAAUAAUUCAGAUCAUGUUCAGACUAUUGAAUCAAAUGAUUCAAAUCAUGAAGCAAUUCAAGACAAAACCGAAUGUUUAUAUAAAGUAUUUCAUACUUCUUCACGAAAUUAUGAUGAUUUGUAUUCUAGAGGAAGAAAUGAUCAUUACAAUAGCAAAAGGGAUGAGAUAAAAAGAGAACAUUCAGAGGAAAAGGAUUAUCAUCGAUCAAGAGAUCAAAACAGGCAGGAAAGAUAUUCAGACGAAACAUAUAAAAAACAUAGGCGUAGCGAACAUGGAAAAUCCCAUUCAAGAGAUCGAAAAUCACAUAAAAAAAGUAAACAUCGAAGUAAAGAUAGAUAUAAAGAUAGACAUCAUGAAAAGAAACAUAAAUCUCAGAAUCAUGACAAAUCAUCAGAAAGAACAGAAGAAAGACAUUCGAAACAUAGAGAUCAUAAACGAAAAAAGAAAAAUAAGGAUUAUUAAUAAGCCAAUUUUAAGAAUAAAAAGA